AUGCUCUCACGAUCUCGUCUGCUAUCUAAGCAGGUUUCCAGCAUAUCCCGUCUUGUGGGCGUCGCAGGCCGUUCCCAGCCCUUUUCAUCUUCCACCUCUAGACAAAAGGAGGUCGAAGUCACCAUCGAUGGCAAGACAGUCUUAGUCGAGGCUGGUUCCGCCCUCAUCCAGGCCUGCGAAAAGGCUGGCGUCACUGUCCCCCGCUACUGCUACCACGAAAAGCUCGCCGUUGCCGGUAACUGCAGAAUGUGUCUGGUUGACGUUGCGCGUGCUCCUAAGCCUGUCGCCUCCUGUGCUUUCCCUGUCGGCCCUGGUAUGGUCGUCCGCACUGACACUGAGCGUGUCAAGAAGGCCCGUGAAGGUGUCAUGGAAUUCUUGCUUUCCAACCAUCCCCUCGACUGCCCCGUCUGUGACCAGGGUGGUGAAUGCGAUCUCCAGGACCAAUCUAUGCGUUACGGUCGUGACCACUCCCGUUUCCACGAAGUCUCUGGCAAGCGUGCCGUCGAAGACAAGGACAUUGGCCCUCUUGUCAAGACUUCAAUGAACAGAUGCAUUCACUGCACCCGCUGCGUUCGUUUCUCCAACGAUGUUGCUGGUGCCCCUGAGCUUGGAACUGCCGGCCGUGGCAACGACAUGCAAAUCGGUACCUACCUCCAAAAGAACCUCAACUCGGAACUCUCCGGCAACGUCAUUGACCUGUGUCCCGUCGGUGCCCUCACCUCAAAGCCCUACGCUUUCCGCGCCAGACCUUGGGAACUCAAGAGAACCGAGUCUAUCGAUGUUCUUGAUGCUCUCGGCUCCAACAUUCGUGUCGACUCUCGUGGUGUCGAGGUCAUGCGUGUUAUCCCCAGAGUCAAUGACGACAUCAACGAGGAGUGGAUCUCCGACAAGACCAGAUUUGCCGUCGAUGGCCUUAAGACCCAGCGUCUUACCACCCCUCUCAUCAAGGUUGGCAACUCUUUUGAGACUGCUACUUGGAACGAUGCUCUUUCCGUCAUUGCUGACUCCUACAAGUCUCUCAAUGUUACUGGCAAUGAAUUCAAGGCCGUCACUGGUGACCUCGUCGAAGUUGAGUCUCUCGUCGCCCUGAAGGACCUUGUCAACGCUCUUGGCUCUGAGAACCUUGCCACUGACGCUUCCAACCUUCCUCCUGCCCAUGGUAUUGAUAUUCGCUCUAACUACCUCUUCAACUCUACCAUCUCCGGUAUCGAAGAGGCCGACGUCAUUCUUCUUGUUGGCACCAAUCCCAGACACGAGGCUGCCGUCCUCAACGCCCGCAUCCGCAAGCAGUUCCUUAGAUCCAACCUUGAAAUUGGUCUCGUUGGCGAGAGCUUUGACUCCACCUUCUGGGUCGAGCACUUUGGUGAAAACCACUCUGCUCUUGUUGAGACUCUUAAGGGCGAGUUUGGCUCUAAGCUCGCUGCUGCUAAGAAACCCCUCAUCAUUGUCGGUUCCAGCAUUGCUGAGCACCCUGACGCCGGCGCCUUCUUCAAGACCAUUGGUAACUUUGUCACCAAGCACGAGUCUAACUUCCUCUCUGAGGAGUGGAAUGGUUACAAUGUCCUCCAGAGAGCCGCUUCUCAUGCCGGCGCCUUCGACGUUGGUUUCGUUCCUCCCUCCAAGGAAGUCGCCGAAACUACCCCCAAGUUUGUCUGGCUCCUUGGCGCCGACGAGGUCAACCCCUCUGACAUCCCCAAGGACGCUUUUGUCGUCUACCAGGGCCACCACGGUGAUGUUGGCGCCCAGUUUGCCGAUGUUAUCCUCCCUGGUGCCGCCUACACUGAGAAGACUGGUACCUAUGUCAACACUGAGGGCCGUGCCCAGACCACCCGUGCUGCUGUCGGUCCCCCAGGCGUUGCCCGUGAGGACUGGAAGAUCAUCCGUGCCGCUUCUGAAUACCUGGGCUCUCCCUUGCCUUACGAUGACAUAUACGAGAUUAGAAACAGACUUGGUGAGAUAGCGCCACACCUUCUGCGCCACGAGAUUAUCGAGCCCUCGUCCCUGGCUGCCGUCGGUGUUAAGGAACAGCUCGUUGCUGAGAACAAGCAUGCCCCUGUCUCCGAUGCUAAGCUCACCAAGGCUAUCUCUAACUUCUACUUCACAGACGCCAUUUCCCGAAGCUCGCCGACAAUGGCCAAGUGCUCCAUUGCAUUCAAGAACCAGCCCUCUGAGGAUGCCCAGUCGGCUGCCGCUUUUGCUUAA